AUGCCCGGCCUGCCGCCCUCGCCGCGCCUAGCCGGGCCUGGCCCCGGGCUCGCCCGCCUGUGCCCGCGCGGCGCCGCAGCCUCCGGCCACCUGUUCGCUGUCAGGGUUUAUACCAUGACGUCCACUCAAGUGAGUCAUUUCACAAGUUUCUGGGGCCUCAUAAGCUUGGUGGUCCCUCUUGGAAAUGAGUUAGUGCCCUGCUCCCAGUCUGAACAUCAGUUAUGGGUGAUCGCUGCUCUCAUCUUUUGCCGAGCUCUGAGCAGUGUAGCUGGUGGGGUUACCGCCUCGGCAGAGAGAGAAGGAUAUCGUGCCCUGGUCACCGCAGACUUCUCACUCGUCUGA